UGAAAAAUUAAAAGUUUAUAUAAAAAGAUUGAAGGGCGGUGUUAGUAUUUCAGAAGUGAAUCCCACUGAAGGACAACAGAACUGCGCUAUGGAAAAAUUCUGCAUAUUAUAUGCAAUUGUUCUGACUUUAUUGCAGCUUGGAAAUGCUGUACCCGAUUCACCGGAUCACAUGGGCGGAAUGAACCUUAUUUUCCGUUCAGCUAAAGAUCAACUACAAAGUCGUUUACCAUUUGGUGGGGGUAAGAGAGAUGUUAGCAGUGAUGAACUUAAUGACGACAUGGAGUUAGGUGAUAAUAAACGACGAAAACGUGAAAUAAAUUUUGUUGAGAAUAUGUUAGACCAAUUGGAUUUGAUGUCCAUGCCAAUGCAAAUCCCAGAUAUGCAUCGCGGGAAGCGUUCACCAUGUCGUGGUGGUGCUAAUACUACUGCUGCACCAGCUGAUGAUACCGUAGAUGGUGCAGAUGGUACUGCAGAUGCUGCAACCCGUAAACGUGGAAGGAAGGGAAAUGCGCGAAAGGCUAGAAAUAAGCAGCAACUUGUAAGACAACGCCGUCAAGCUGAUGAUAAUUCUGGACAAAAGUUUAAUGAUGAUAUGAAGAAAUUUUCUGAAGCCAUGCAAAAUGUUUGGCAAACAUUUGUAACUUCUGUUAAAAAUGUAUUGGAAGAAGUGAACAAAGCAGUUACUGCAAAUGGAGCAACUGCAGAUACGAAAUAGAUAUGGAUAAAUGUUUUGAAAAUUGUUAUUGAAUUCAUACAAAUUGUACAAUACAAUUAAAAA